GAGGGCAGGGAGGAGACGAGGCCGCAGCAGCAGGAGCGAGAGGAAGACCUCGACGGGGAAGCCACCCGCGCCACCAACCUCGCCUGCUACCUGCAGGACCCCGACUUCGGGUACCAGGACUUCGCCCGGCGCGACGAGGACCAGGCGCAGGUAUUCCGAGUCCAGGACUACUCGUGGGAGGACCACGGCUUCUCGCUGGUGAACCGGCUCUACUCCGACAUCGGGCACCUCCUGGACGAGAAGUUCCGCAGGGUGGGCGGCCUGCAGAGCAGCGCCAUGGCCAAGCGGCAGGGCUGCGAGCCCUCGGUCUUCAAGCGGGGCAUCUGGAACUACAUCCACUGCAUGUUCGGCAUCAGGUAUGACGACUACGACUACGCCGAAGUGAAUCAUCUCCUGGAGCGGAUGCUCAAAGUUUACAUUAAAACCGUCACCUGCUACCCAGAGAAGACAAAGCCGGAGAUGUUUGACAGGUUCUGGAAGCAGUUCAAGCACAGUGAAAAGGACGAAACGGUGCUGGGACCAAAAGCAACAAGAGCAAAGAUGACAGCGGGUCCUGAGGUGGUCAGGGAAGGACAGAGGGCCCUGCAGGCUCGGGAGCCUUGGUGGGUCUGA